ACUGAUCCGUGGCUCCGAUGAAGUGCCUUGUUAAUGGCUGCACUCGUACGCACCGCGAUGCGAGCGUGUCUUUUCAUCGUCUGCCCACCAAGGAGCCACUACGAAGUCGGUGGCUCGGAGCACUUGGAUUGCACGAUGACCCAAAGCGACCAGAAUCCGCCAGCCGCGUGUGCUCCGACCACUUCUGUGUGCAAUGCUUCACGUCGUGGCGUGUUUCAAACAAACUGUGCUUCCCGAAACAGCGGAGACAUUUCGACGAUGAUGCCACUCCGUCUCUUCCUUUAGAUGCUACACGAGCACCAGUGUGCGAGAGAAGCGGACUGGAACACCAGCCCACCCCCGAAGAUCACGGCUACAGCAUAAAAAGUGUGAUGCCUGCCGACUACACCUACAGCAUCAAAACCGGUUACGCAAACAAAGUACUGCAAGCAAGCAACUUGACGAGGACCGUGUAGAAGCACUCCAGUCCAAAAGCCUGCUCCUUGGGCUACAGGGACGGUAUGUCCCUCGGAAGUCGCCAUUUUGCGCUCGUGGAUUUGCGCCUCUUAUCUCAUUCCUCGCAUCAGCAGAAAAUGAGACUCCAACGACUCCGACGACGACUACCGCCCGCAGCCAUUGACAGCGGAUACUACGUAUGCAUUAACAUUGCUGUUGAAUGUGUACGACGAGAACACGGCGCGCGCGCAAAUGCAAGCAGACAUCAUCGCAAGCAGGCGUAACAUGAAGCAUGCAUGAAGCAAGCCACUAUUGACAGCUUUUUGAAGCCUGCUUUGGCGUAAU